UUUGCGUUUGCUUUUCACCACCAGGCGGGGAAAUAACGGCACUUUUUUUUGUAAGUCAUCGUUGACCGCACGACGGACUUUUACUUGCGUUCUCGUAUGAUUUGUUGAAUUCGUUUUCGUAUAUCUAUCUUGCUCAGUAAGUGCUAAUGCUAAUUAGAAAAGACGGCAAAGACAUAGAAGUUUUUUUCAAGUAGACAGAGCUUAAAUCUAAUUGCAGAAGUCAUUGAAGACGACCGGGAGCAUUCGUUUACUGGCAGAACAUUAACCAGAUUAUUUGCAUUUGCAUGUUGCUUGUUCACCUUUACUUAUUAUAGAGUAACUUUUUACUUCUACAACGAUACCUAGAGAUAUCACGAGGUCAGGACAGCACCCUAUCCUAUCCUAAUUUAAGUAAGAUAACUCAACAGAAGUGGAACAUUAACAUUUUCUUCGAAUUAAUUUACUUUUCUACUUCUAGAAGUAACAAAACGAAGAUGACAAUCGCAUUCGCAGAGCCGCAAGCAGACUUAGAGUCUAUGCUUCUUGCGAUCGGCGGCGAGGAGAAGACUCGUAGUCAGCGGAAGAAGGAAAAGCUGAGACUCAAAAAGCAGAUGGACCAACAGGAGUUGAUGCAGAAACAAGGGCAGAUGCAGACAACUACCUCAACGAUGGUUUCAGCACCAUCCGCGACAUUGACGACAGCGACUUCUGCGUGUUCAACAGCUAGUACUGCAACUUCUACUUGUGGUGCUUCUAAAAUGAAUAGUGCUGGUGUCAACAUGAGCAUGAACCACAAGUAUGGAGGAAACGCGUGCACGAAGAUGGCGCGAGCUCCAAGGAACAGCAUUACAGAGGAGGACUUGACUUCAUUGAUACCGGAUUUGAAGGCGCAAAAAUCCCAAAGAACUAAAGAACAAUGUGGACGAGGAUUAAGUCGGUACUUUCACGCCGACGAUGACGAGACGCGAUCACCUUCCUCAUCUUCCUCAACAUCUUCAUCAGCUUCCUGCGGUAAAACGACAUCUUCAAGUUGUACUACUUGUUCCUCCCCAACAACAACAUCAAAUAAUGUUCUAAUAACAGGGACCUCCGCUUCCUCUUCCUCUUCUUCCUCCAGCUUUGCAACCAGACCCCGCCCUACAGCGAUACAAAGCGACUUUCACGACCAAGUUUCUCUCCUCGAGCUAGCAGAGAUCCCCAGAGCGACUCUAGCAUCAAGACAAUCCUCCGUAAUAGACCCCGAAAAGGACCUCCUAGACGAGCUGCGAUCUUCUCCUCAUGGAGCAAUGGCGGCAACUAGCGUUGUCUUCCGCAAAUUUGACGGCGCAAUUAAGCCCACCGAAAUAGUGGAGCAGGUAUCUUCAUCUAAGUAGAUAAGAAACUACAAAUACAAUGCACUACUUCGCAUUUCUGUUUCUCCCUUCACGACUAUAAUGCACUACUUCUUCUGCAUCUUGUUACUACUUCUAACUAUACCUAUCUAAAGCUAGAGCUAAACUGUCAGUACAGAGAAUGAACAAGAUAAAACUCAUCUACUCCUACCCUAGUGUGGUACAACCUCUAGUUCUAGUACUAGUAGUGCCAGUUUUGAAUGUAGGAUGGGAAUUGUUUUUCAACCAUUGUGCAGAUUUGGGAAGCCGAAUUACAGCGAAGGGCUUCUGUUGCGCGAGCAGCGAGUGAGGAAGAGGACAUGACUCUACCACUACCAUCGCAGAAUCUUCUACCUUCAGAGACGACACAACAGGACGCAACCUCAAAAACACCGAAGGGCGCAUCAACACCGGGCGGAACUAUUAAGUCAACAAAGGAAAAAGCAAAAGAGAUUAAGGUACAACUAGAUACUAUAUGCGUUUUUUGUUCUAUUUGUUCUUUUGUCCAUCGAUGCUCCAUCUUUAGCACACUGACGUUCUUGAAAUCAAAACAUAAGCGUAAAAGCUGCAAAAGUAAACUACUACCUAGUAUCCAAGAACCUCAUCAUUUUCAUGAGCUUGACAACAUUCUGAUUUCUCACGACAAUGUUACAAUACCAAAACCAAAAUUACUUAGGUAACUUUUCAUUCGGAGGUGAGAGCGAACGUCCCACAAGCAACAGCAGAGAUGCAGAAGCUGGUAGAUCAAGCAAAGGACUUAUUCGCUGAAGAAUUUGAGGAGGAGUUUGCUUCUCAAGUAUCGAAGAAAGGCGGUUACAGACUCACUCUGAUGGCAGACGAAGCAGGUAUUUUUUUGGAGAUCUUGUUCAAUGUCAUCAAUACUGUAGCACUCAUAUGAUGGUUUCGACUAAUAUCUCAAGAACUGCAUAUUCGAUCAUGCAUUUUGAUGAAAAUCAUACAUAAGCAUAGGCAACAAGAACACAAUUAUUGCUUCUUCCCCCCACAACUUCUUUUGUAGGCGAAUUAUCUCCCCUUUUCCCUCACAGGUGACCUCUGCAGCUUCAUUAUGUACAAGACGAACCCCAGCGAGAAGUGCUUGUCUAUCGCGCACGUCGCUGUCCCUUCUACCAAGAGGCGACUAGGCUAUGGUCGCCGGAUCAUGAGGUGGCUGAUCCAAUACGCGAAGAAGCAGCCUCGUUCGCAGAUUGCAUUCUUAGCGCUCUCUUCUAUGCCAGGAAGCAUCAAAUUCCACCAGAGUCUGGGCUUCAAGAAGAGCGGGGACAAGUUGACAAAAAAGGAGGACGAACCAGUGAAGGAAGGGGAAAUCGAAUACGCAGAAGGACAAGUCUACAUGACCUAUCCAAUCAAGGGAGGGAAGCGUUAAAAACAGGAUGAGCCCCCACACAUUCAUGAUAAUCUUCAACGUCGACCUCACCUCGUUGUAAUUACUUCCUAUUCCCAAGGACCCUAAAGGGGCCCUUACGACAGCACUUAAACACCCUUUGCCCCAUUUUUAACAACUAUUCUUGCCCCAGCAGCAUCGUCGUGCUUUUUUUUGCGCAGAACUUCUACCUUCAUUUUGGUGUUUUUUCUAGUACAGAUUGAUAUGGAAUGAUGAGCAUCUUGUGUGGUUUUCUUUGUCUACAUUUUGAUGUAGCACACCAUGUAAAAAUGUUGAGAAGUGGGUCAAGGACUUCCUACGCCUACUUUUCCUUGUCGGGUGAGAUCAACUACACUAAUCGAUCCCCGUUUUCAUCUUCCACCAUUUUGAAGAUGAUUUCUUAUUUCUCUUAGACAAUUAGGGGUGAUGUUCUCUUACAGAAAGGGGUGCACAUGUAGUUGUUCCUGUACAGAAGUAGUACCAGCAUGAACAGCUUUUUUUGCUCUGCGAAUUCAUCCGUUUUUAUUUGGUACAUUAUAAUAUGAUCAUCAUGAUCGGAAGAUGGACGAGAAGGAUGUCGUUGAUAUUUUCCUCGUUGAGGAAGUAUCACGUGCACGUAGUACCAGUAUCACGGUCAUGUCCGCCAUGUUCGGGCUACCGCGCAUCGCCACUUGAUCGAUUGACUCAAUUUAUCUUCUAUUAUACAAGGUCGUGGCUGCAAAACACUUCUCUUAUCAACAUUUCCAGGACGUGAAGGUCCUCGACAACAAAUACAUCAAACGUGUAAAGAUUGAAGAGUCUCGUCGCACCAUGCAUUUCGUAAGUAGUUUACUUCAAAAACUGCUUGUAAACCUAGAGAGGCACUCGAGACUAGUCAAGGACAUGAACUCCAGAUACGGCGUCAGCCAAGUUCAGCCGAGCUAAGUAAGAGAAAACGUUAGUCUACACCUUAGCAUUUUAUAUAGAAGACUAGAAGACCAAGACUAUCUUCAUCAGUCCUGAAACCAUUACGGUGCUUCGUCGUAGCAGAGCUUAAUUUGGUGCUGUUCCAGCACAUACCUGCUGCCUCAUGUUGUGGUCGUUCUACGAAGUGUAGGAGGACCUUCACCUUGAAGAAGGACAUUACGACAUAUAAGCCUCGUGUUGUUUUCAACACCCGUUUUAGCCCCUCCAUUUCGAUUUCUCAACAUCAUAUACAACAACCACAUGAGGAAAGCCAUGAGGGCGAGCAUGUACUUACCUCCCGCUGUUAAUUCUUCGUUGUAUCAUUUGUUCAUGACCGUAGCGCCUGAUCUCGAUGACCGCUCGCCGCGUUUGAUUCGCGGACGACGAGAUAAUUGCGGAAUUGCGAGCUUGCGACAGGAGCUUCGAGAGGAAUAUGAAUGUGUCGUCAAGCGUAUUAGAAAU